GCCGCUUUCUGCACACUGGGCAUCCAGUGCGUGCUGGUUUAGCUCGGGGCUACUCCUGCUGCGCGCUGGACUUGGUCAAUUUGCAGCUGCGCGCUCAGGCAAUAGGUGGCACUGAUGGACGAUGUAGUUUGGGCUGUCCCCGAGAAAGCGUCAGUGCGGAAGAGAAAGCCGGAGAGGAGACACCACGAUUGUGUCCUCACUCGGAGCAGCGGCCACGCAAGGACAAGCAGCCAUGUGGCGGGACGUCCUUCCAAACGCGUGGGAGAGCAUCCUGUCCCGGAUCAGGUCUUUUGAAUAUUCUCAGAAGAAUGCAGUCCUGGUCCCUGCAGCUGCCCUGGGGGUUGGAGGGAUGCUGCUUUACUGGCUCAGAUCUGGACACAAGAUCAAGACUAUUGAUAUGGGCGAUGGGUGGUGGGGCUCAGGUGAAAGGCCCCUCAAAGGGAAAGAAGAUACAAGCAUCCGUCCCUUCAAGAUUGAAACAUCUGACAAAGAAAUUGAGGAUCUGCACCAGCGCCUGGAUCGGUUCCGCUUCACACCACACGUGGAAGGAGCCGCCUUCCACUACGGCUUCAACUCCACCUACCUGCGGAAGGUGGUGGCCUACUGGAGGAAUCAGUUUGACUGGCGCAAGCAAGUGGAAGUGCUGAACAAAUACCCCCACUUCCACACCACCAUCGAAGGGAUUGAUAUCCAUUUCAUCCAUGUGAAGCCAUCCUAUGUUCCCCAUGGUCGAGCUGUUCGACCUCUGCUGUUGGUCCAUGGCUGGCCUGGCUCCUUCUAUGAGUUCUACAAGAUCAUCCCUCUGCUCACGGAGCCAGCCAAGCACGGCCUGAAUGAGGGUGAUGUGGUGUUUGAGGUCAUCUGCCCCUCCAUCCCAGGAUAUGGCUUCUCAGAGGCCCCUCACCAGAAAGAGUUUGACUCCAUAGCAACUGCUCGGAUAUUUCAUAAGCUGAUGAACAGAUUGGGCUUCAAGGAAUACUACAUACAGGGAGGAGACUGGGGAUCUCGCAUUACCACAAACAUGGCCCAGAUGCUGCCACAAUCUGUGAAAGGGCUGCAUGUGAAUCUUGUUUUCAUCGCCAGACAAAGUUUGGGAAGGAUGAUCUGUACAAUGCUUGGGGCUUAUGUCCCAUGGCUCGUAGGCUUCACUAGGGAAGAUGUUCGACGUUUCUACCCUUUCAUGCAGAAGAAUGUGUAUGACGUCCUGCAAGAGUCUGGAUACUUGCACAUCCAAGCCACCAAACCAGACACUGCAGGUUGUGGACUGAAUGACUCCCCAGUGGGGCUUGCUGCAUAUAUCUUGGAGAAAUUCUCAACUUGGACAGACAAAUCAUUUCGGCAUCAAGAUGAUGGAGGCUUGGAAAGCAAAUACUCUCUUGAUGAGCUUUUGACCAAUGUGAUGAUUUACUGGGUGACAUCCUCCAUUGUGCCUUCAAUGCGAUACUACAAGGAAAACUUUUCCAAGGACCCGGAUCUAAGUCUUCAUAACAGGGUUGGUGUGUAUGUUCCCACAGGGAUUGCAGCUUUUCCUCAGGAGAUUGUACAUGUACCACGUCUCUGGGCAAAGGAUGUCUACAAGAACAUCAUCACUUACACUUACAUGCCACGUGGAGGGCAUUUCGCUGCCUUUGAGGAGCCAAAGCUUCUGGCACAAGACAUAAUACAGUUUGUCCAAAAAGUGGAACAGCUGUGAGCCUGCAGCUGAAAUACAUGCAUAGAAUGGAAGCAAGUUGUUCUACCAGUAGCAGACCUUUAGAUCAGAUUUGUUUAAUCCCUCAAAAUAAUCACAGAUAGAAACCAGCAUUUUAUUUUUAUAAUAAUUACACCACUGAUUUUUUAAAUCAAGCUCUACCUGCUUUCAUAAGAAAAAAAAAAAGCCAGAAAAAUCCAAAAAGCACUUUGUUUUCUUUCAUUUCCAGCACCAUAUAAUUUCUGCAUUGAUAGUUCAAGUACAAUAGAAUAUGUAAACAGUUUAUUGCAGUAACAUUGCACUCAUUGGAGGAAGAGAGGUGAAGGGAAAUGGUCAAGGCUUCUUUAAACACUUGGGCACCUUAAAUAUACCUUACAAGCAGCUUUGGUGGAAGCAUAAAGGGCUUUGAUCUCCUGAGCACAAACACUCCUACAUUCAAGUUAUAUUCCCUUCAAGAGACCUGGGAUUUCAUAUUCAAGUGGGCACCUGCACAUCAGGCAGUUUUUCCCCUAUAACUAGCUUAAGCAGCAGCUACUGCACCUUGUAAAGAGAUAUUAAUGUAUAAUAGAGCAGAGAGUAUUCUAGUGUUCUUCAAGCUCAAAAAUAGCAAAUUAAGUUCCUACUACUUCCAUCAUCUCAUUCAUCCCAAAAGGUCAAAGUUAAAAUAUGCACCACGUACAGAGGAUUACUUCAAUCUUUACCCUCUUCAGCAAAGCAGUUUUAUCAUCCCAUUGUGCAUUUUUGACUCAUAACAGCAAGUACCCUCACAUGAAUCAGUAGGUUCACAUUUCUCUUCAAAUGGGAUGGAGUUAGUUGAAGCUACUGAAAGCUCAUUACAGCACAGACAAUUGACCAGCUGACUGAAGACAACUCCAGCAGAUACCUAGUUCUAACACACUGCUCUCAAGGCUUUUCUCCCUAUCCCGUUCUGCAGUAGACACCAGCCCAGAAGAAUAAAGUUCUGAUUCUAAGUGACACAAUCUGACUAAGAAAAGGAAUUUGGCAGGUAAGGCUAGCACUAAACUUGAUCACAUUCCCUUGACUUCUACGCAUUUCAGAAACAUUGAAGUCUAAACUUUCUUCCUCAAGUGACAGCAAUCUUCCAUUAUUGGGGCAGCACUUCUAACUUUCUCUGAAGAGGGUUUAGCAAAGAAACUGCUUACUUUUAAUCUCAUAUGUAACCAAUUGUCAGGGCUGUUAGGCCUCCACUGUGCCUGUCUCUUUCAAUCUUCAAGGCAGCACUAGCUACAAGAUUUUCCAGUUGCUGAAACGUCUUACUGUGGAAUGUUGCAGAACAGAAAGUGAGUCAUGGGGAAGGGUAAUUUUAUCAAAUAGAUGGGCAAACACUUGAGUACUCAAGUACUCAUGGCAACUGUGCCUGUUGCUUGCAGGGUUGCCAGGGGGCCUCUGGACAUGGCUCCACCCAGCUCCUCAGCAGCCCUAGCAGCUCCAGCCCUUUGUAGAGGAACUGCCUUCAUCCUACCCCAUUCCUCACCAGCUUGAAAUAAAUUCCUCUUCUGCAAAAAUA